ACCGCUGUCAAGUGUCAAGUGUCAGUAAUUGUUUGUAAAGUUGGCUGAUGAAAGUUUGCUUCGUGAAAUUUUUCACGCGUUUUAUAAGAUAAAACCUUGUUCGAUAAUGUCAAAUUAUCCUGAUAUCGUUAAUAAAAUUGGAAAAGAUUCGUCGAGGGCUGCUUGCAAGAAGUGUGGUUAUGCGGGACAUUUAACAUUUCAAUGUCGAAAUUUUAUUAAAAUAGAUCCAAAUAAAGAGAUAGUAUUGGAUGUGAGUAGUACAAGCAGUGACAGUGAUGAUUAUGCAACACCACUUCAGUCACUAAGAGAAGCAGAACUGAAACAGAAACUAGCGGAGAAACUUAAGAAAGCUAAGCAGAAAAAAAGUACUAAGAAAAGAAAGAGAUCUACAUCAUCAAGUUCCUCCUCCAGUAGUGAUAGCAGUUCAUCAUCAGAUUCAUCCGAUAGCAGUUCAGAAGAAGAUAUAAAAAAGAAAAGAAAGGAAAAGAAAUCUAAGAAAACAAAGAAGAAAUCUCAUAAAAAAAAGAAAAGCAAGAAAUGAUUGCAAAUUUACAUUUUAAGUUUACAUUUGUAUUUAGGAUUUCUUAUUAUUUUAAAAAUAAUUUCUAAUGUAUCGAAAACAGCUUACUGCUAUCCCAUGUAUAAACUGCUAGAUUUUUGAUAGCCUUGAACUAUCCUUAUUUUUAAAUAGUAUUCAAUAAAUCUCAUUAUCUAAAUAAAAUCCUAGUAUUCAGUUAAAAUAUUAAAAGUUAUAGUUCAUAGAAGACUGAUAAUGUUUAAUCAUCUAAUUAUUAUUUGUGGUAAAAUUUAAUAAAUACUUAUAUAGUAUAGUAAUAACCUUAUAAUAUUGUGACAUUUUUAAUACCCUGAUUUAACAAAUUUCUGGGAAGUUACAUUAUAUUUUGUAUGAACAUAGUUUUAUAUUUUAAUAAAUACUUCAAUAUCAGAUUAAUUAAUAGUAAUUUAGGUAAUAAACAUAAAUAAUCGUUGAUUCUUAUCAUAUUUUAUCUCUUACCAUUGAUCACACUCAUGCACACCAGUCAUUAAACCAAUACUCUGUUGUCAAAGUUAGUGCCUGAAUACAGGUUAAUCUAAAUAUAGUGUUCAAAUCAUGAAAUUGAAUUUUAUCUUUUUAGUUACUUUUUUAAUCAAAGAUGCAUUAGUAUAAACUUAAUCUAUAAUAGGCAAUGAUAAACGUAAAAAUUAGAAAGUGUUCGAUUUUUACUAGUAUAUAAAUGUUAUGCGGACAUGAUACUGAAAAGUAAUAGAGUGCAGUUACAUAUUACUAUUUAUUAAUAUAGUAUAUAUAAUAGGAAAGCUGUGUCUAUAGAUCAAAUCUUUUUUGAUAACUAAUGGGUAAACUAGAAUGUUACAUACUAGUAAACUAGAUAUAAACAAAAUACUAAUCCAUAAACUUUUUGUCUGUGCACAUAUUAUGCAAAAACUGUUUGAUGGAUUUUGAUGGAAUUUGUUAUGAUGAGAACUGAUUACUGAGGUACAAUACAUAGGAUACUCUUACAGCAAUACUGUCUCAUUCCCACGGGAAAAUACAAUCUGUCUACCAAGAUGGUUAAUGCAUAGCCAAUUGUACAUAGUUCUUUCAUGUUAGUGAUUCCAACAGCAUGUGCUUAUAUAGUUUACAAGAAGGCUACACAAAUAUAAAAUGUUACUAAUAUUGUAUUUCUCCUUAUUCAUUGGCUAUUUUUCUCCAUUGAUAAUUGCUAAUAUACAAGAUUUUUAAAUUAAGAAACAUAUAUUUUUAGGUAUUAGUUUUUUUGGAACAUGCUAUGCUUUUAUUAGAUUGUUUGAUAUAAAAAUAUGUAAUAUACUAAAAUAUUAUGUUCUAUGUUAUAUAAGAAUAUUUUUAAUGUAAAACUGUAUUUCUAAGCCUUUUAAUUACAAGCAGACAAAGUUGCCGGGACAGGGAUUUUAUCUUAUGACUAUACUAUGUAACUAAAUGUUUAUGUUAUAUUAAUGUAUUCAAAAACAGGGUUCAAUGUUAGUAACCUAGGCGAAUGGAAUGUGUGCUAAAGUACUUGAAAGUAAAAUUUAUCUGAAAAAAUAAUCAAGUCAAAGAGUCAGAGUGGAAAGGGUUAUGGUAAUAUGAUUUGCACGAGCGUUCCUAUUUUCUAAUUGCAGAAGGCUCCUGAAAAUGAUAUUGUCCAAUUGGGGACCUUAAAAAGAAAUUCUAGAAAUGCAAAUGGCUAAUAUAUAAAACAAUAAAGGUAAUAAAAUGAUGAAAUGUGUUAAAGGUUUAUUACCACUUUUGUAAGGAAUCGUGAAUGUUAUUUGAAAUAAAUUCUGAAUUUCAGUAAA